UAAACAUAAUAACCAAAUAGAUAACUUUAAAAAAUUGGUCCCCUCUUAUUAAACGUUUGUAACGUUAUUUGUGGUCAAAUAUAUCAACUGUCUAUUGUUCAGCUGUGGUUUGCACACCUGUUCCCUUGUCAGUGCUGUCCCUUGGUCUGUUACUUAAAACCCUUUUCUGUCCGGUUGCAUUUUUAAUAAACAUCAGAAUAAUUAAAAAAAUAAGUAUUUCAAACUCCCCUGCUGCACACCAAAACUGUUCCAGCGUGAAAGGCAUACAGAUCCACCAUUCCGCAUGGCCAUGCAGCUGAACAGGACAGGUAAAAUAAAUAAAUAAAUAUUAAUUAAUAAUAAUAAUUAAUAUUAAAAUGUUUUAGACAAUUGCACACUUGUUUUCUCUGCAAUGCACGAUAUCAGCAAAAUCUGACCUGUAGUAUGUAGUGGACUCCCCUUGCCAACUACAGCAGCAAUCAGAAUGAGAACGUUAUGGAAUGAUUUUUAGCGAAUAUUUCUGACAAUUAUUGCACACAGUUUAAUCAAAAUGCAAGAUAUCAGCAAAAUUUGACCUGUACUAAGUAGUGGACUCCCAUUGCCAACUACUACAGCAAACAGAAUGAGAAAAAGUGAUUUUUAAUAUUUUUGACUAUUACUGAAUUUUGGUGAACAUUUUUGCCUGUUAAUUACACCCAGUUUCUCUAUAAUGCAAGAUAUCCGCAAAGUUUGACCUGCAGUAAGUAGUGGACUCCAAUUGCCAUCUACUAUAGCAAUCAGAAUGAGAGAAAAAAUAAGUUUUUUUAAAAAAAUGAUUUUUAUUACAUAUUUUUGAGAAUUAAUUGCACACAGUUGAUCCAAAAUGAGCGUGUGAGAACUCCAUGUCAGGCGAAUCUCAAAACAUUUCUCUCGCUGUGUAGUUUUAUCAGCUACUGCACGUGUUGUUUUACAUUUUAAAUGCAAAAGUUUAAACAUUUCGAUGCUACGGCGUGAAUGCGCAUUUUGGAAUACGUCAGUUUUUGCUAUGUAUGAUGACGUAAUGUGAUGUGGUAUCGUUUCUCAUUAAGAGUCACGCGAACAUUACAUCAUGUCAUUUCGAACAUGUUGAGGUAAUAAUUGCCGACAAACACGUCAAUGUUCUCAAGUACGAUAUUAGGACGGCAUAAUUUUGAAUUCAGUAUUUGUGCGCCGUCGUCCUGGCGGGUAUACGAACAAAUCCUUUCGGUGGUUUUUGUUGUUGUUUUGUUUUUGGCUAACGUCCAUGUUGUUGUUUUUGGCUAACAUCCAUGUUGAGUUGCUGUUUCAAUGUCAAGCCGGCGAGAUGUUAGGGCAGCCGGCAGUUUGGAGCAGCCACCGGCAGGGAGUCCGAGCAGAGGAGUGUGCGAGGAGAGACGACAGGGAUUUGGUGUUCAGGACUUUCUUGAGGGCUUUAAAUAUGAGGGAGAGUUUGUUGAUGGCCUCAAACAAGGCAAGGGAAGGUACACUUGGAGAAGCGGAGAGUUCUAUGAAGGCUCUUUCUACAAAGACUACAGGCAUGGUGACGGAAUGUACUGUUGGCCAACAGGCAACACAUUCAUUGGCAAGUUCUACCUUAACUGGAGAGAAGGCUAUGGAAAACAUAUUUUUCCUGAUGGAGCCAUAUUUAAGGGUUUGUACCAUGCCGAUCAGAGGUUCGGUCCCGGUGUGCUUAGUGAGCCAACAGGAUGUCAGGAUGUCGGACUUUGGCACGGGAAGCAUCUGAUACAAAUGUGUAACUCUGUACAAGGCAGCUUCAGCCUGACCAAAUUUACUGAAUACGCUGUCUACUUGGAGCAAACUACUGACUCACAUUCUCAGAGUCAAACUCUCCAAACAGUUCUCUCUGAUGGACUUGCCAGGACACAUUCAGGGGUAGACAUGGACGAUGGUUUGCUGCUCUUUGAUGAAAAUACUAUUCUCCCUUCUGGCAUUGAAAAUUAUUCCACUGAUGGUGACCACCUACCGUUGCCCCCGCAUGUUAGAAAAGAGUUCGACCAGCAUUUUGGCCAGCUGUGGGAACCUGAUUCUCACCCAUAUGAAGGCUACAAACGAGACCCACUCUCAACUCUCCCUUUAACAGACAAAAUGUUGGCUCACAUUCACAAACACAGACAGCAAGCUGAAAAAUUGGACUGGGAUAUUGCGAAAGUUCUUUCAUAUAAAAGGGACAAUUUUGGUCCUAAAGGACCGUUGGAAGUCGCAUCAGAGCUCCUGAUAAAUCGAGCUUCCAUAGGAGAACGACAGGCUGUUUUGCAGAUUCUGCUGGAUGGCCUUGUUCACCCAGAUGUAGCAGAUUCUCAGGGACACACUGCAUUGAUUGCCGCCACAAUAAACUGCCAUAAUGAUGUGAUCCAGCUGUUACUGGAUAUGGGGGCUAGUAUUGACAGGCUGAAUUUUGAGGGAAUGUCGUCUUUGUCAGUUUGUCAUGUCCUUUACUAUCCUAUCCAGUGUUUGUACACAUUUUCUGGACCUCCAGCCAAAAUACAGGAUAUCACUGAAGAGCCCACUGAUGAGGAGUUGACUCUUGAAGAUGAUCAUAACCGAUGUAACCAGAAAAAGGUGCUACUUUCGGAGGGGGCAAUUCAGGACAGUGAAAUGGCCCCAGCACAAUCCUUUUCUUCUUCCUGCUCAAUGUACAGCUACAACAUAGAAGUCUCAGAGGAGAUCCUGCAGGGUGCAGCUGAAGCUCUGAGUCGCACCGGGUUUCCUCAACAUUCUGAUACUCAGGAGACUGUUCGCAAAAUAGCUGCAAAGAAAUUUAUGCAUCGUUUUCGUUUGUCCACACUGAAUCUGCUAUUGGAUCGGGGAGCUGACCCCAAUAUAUGCAAAGUCCCCUUACCUGUCCUCUUCGUGGCCAUUAUGGCUGGAGACACUGAAACUGUCAGGAGACUUCUACUGAGUGGAGCUCACACUUGUAUUUCUCUCUCACUUGAGAGGAAAGCCCUUUAUCCUCUUCAUGUGGCUGCAGAACUGCCAGGCCCAGAAAGUCCCAAAAUCAUAGAACUGCUGCUGCAUGCUCUUUCUGACCCAGACGCACGAGCACGCGACCAGAAUGAGAUCUACGAACUAGAUAAGGUGUGCACAAUAUGUUCAGGCGUGGUCGUAGUUCAACUACGAGAAUCAUUAUUUCUGAUUAUUUUGCAGGUUUCCAUGAUAAUAAGGAAAUCAUGCAGGAUCCGGUGGAAGCCAAGUCCUGAAGAAGGAGGUCGAACAGCUCUGCACAUGGUCUGCCAGAGAGAAACUGAUCACUGUAAUGCCAGCAAGGCGGUAUCGCUCUUGCUCUCCCAUAGAGCCAGAACAGAUCUCCUCUGGAGUGGACAUUCACCUCUUUCCUUAGCCAUAUCAAGUGGCAAUGAAAUGGCAGUGGAGGAGCUGUUAAAAGGGGGUGCAGAUCCCAACAUUCCCUUGGGGUUUGGAGUGGGCAAUGCCCUUUGUGCCCUCAGUAACUUCAGCUACAACUUGGAUGGAAAAAGAGUCAAACUGUUGGACAUGUUAGAAAAAGCUGGUGCUGACAUGUUGAUGCCAGUUCAAGUCGGCGAUAUCAAAGGGACUGCAGUUGACUAUGCACACUUCUCUUUCAACCAGGACUUGCGUAUUGCCAACACACCCUUCCAUACGCUCAACAUGGAGGAGCGAGAAACAUUCAAAGCACGCCGUCACCUGCUUAGCCUGAUGGGAGAUCUGCUUCGAUACAAGGCUGUUAAAAGAGAGAAAGAGAAUUUAGAGAGAGAAAAGCGCCUUUUACAGAAUAGUGAAGGCGCUAGUUCUUCUGACAACAAACCUCCCGUAGCAAGGAAACCAUUUAAGUUCUGCUACCAUUGUGGACGCUCUGCAGCUGUGACACUAACUGCUUGUACUCGCUGCCACAAGGUUCUUUACUGCUCAACGCAUUGUAAACUAAAAGCCUGGAACAAGGGACACAAGGAGGAGUGUGUCCGGGAGUGUCAGGAAUAGACUUUCUCAGGUUCCCUUUGACAAGCCCAAUUCCAAUGAAGUUGGGACGUUGUGUUAAGCAUAAAGAAAAACAGAAUACAAUGAUUUGCAAAUCAUGUUCGACCUAUAUUUAAUUGAAUACACUGCAAAGACAAGAUAUUUAAUGUUCAAACUGACAAACUUGAUUGUUUCUAGCAAAUAAUCAUGAACUUAGAAUUUUAUGGCUGCAACACGUUCCAAAAAAGCUGGGACUGGUGGCAAAAAAAGUUGAGGAAUGCUCAUCAAACACCUGUUUGGGAACAGAUGGGUGCCCCUGAAUUGCUCAGUCAUUCACAAGCAAAGAAGGGGCGAGGUUCACCUCUUUGUGUCGAACAGUUAAGUAGAAUGUUCCUCAACGUACAAUUGCAAGGAAUUUAGGGAUUUCAUCAUCUACGGUCCAUAGCAUCAUCAAAAGGUUCAGAGAAUCUGGAGAAAUCACUAAGCGGCAAGGCCGAAAACCGACAUUGAAUGCCAGUGAC